AGGGCAAGCCGCGCGCCCACCCCCAGUGGUGCGUGGUCGCCAAGGGCAGCUGUUCGAUCACGAGGAGGGACGCCGCCUCUGGCGAGACCCGGCAGCUCGGCACGCUGUACCACGGCAGCCACUUUGGCGAGAGGUCGAUCCUGCGGGACGACGCGUGUUCCGAGUUCACCGUGGACGCGGGGCCCGAGGGGCUCACGGUGUUGGCGUUCGACCGCGACAUCCUGAAGCAGGUCACCUCGCGCCUCGACCUCGACAGCGAGGGCAACACCCCGGGCACACUUGGCAAGGUCGCCAUGUCCGCGAAGCCGGACGAGUACAUGAUGAUGGUGUGCAACGACAUGCAGUGCCGGGGUAUUACGGGCCCCGCGGAGUCCGCGAGCGUCCUGGAGCCGUUGUCCAAACUCGGGGAGGGCGGCUUCGGGGACGUAUUCUUGGUGAGGCGUCGCCUCGGGGUGCAGGCCAGAGCGCGGCAGGGGAGAGGUCCAGAGUCCAGCGGAGAGGCGGUAUCCGUCCGGAGCAGGGUGACCCAGCAGCAGUACGCGCUGAAGCAGAUCUCCAUCGCGAAGUGCAGGGAGACGGGCGCCCUGGACCAGGUGCGAACGGAGAGGGACAUCAUGGCCAGGAUGGACACGCCCUUCAUCGUCCACUUCCACGGGGCUUUCACCGACGAGGUGCACAUCUUCUUUGUGAUGGAGGCCGUCACGGGGGGGCACAUGUUCGGGCUGCUGUGCAACCACUCGGACGUCCUGUUCUCCGACAGCCGGCCGCGAGGCUCCGCCGCAAUGUUCUACAUUGCGUGCGUGGCGCUGGCGCUCGGCUACUUGCACGAGCGCUUCAUCGCCUACAGGGACAUCAAGAUGGAGAACGUGCUGCUGGACUCCCGCGGCUACGCCAAGCUGUGCGACAUGGGCUUCGCCCGCUUCGUGCUGGGGAAGACGAACACCUUCCUGGGCACCCCCGACUACAUGGCCCCAGAGAUCAUAGACCCGCCGCACGCCCACGACAAGAACGUGGACUGGUUCGCCCUCGGCGUGCUCGCCUGCGAGCUGCUCACGGGCCAGGGGCCGUGGGACUACCACGCCGAGAGCUGCGGGAACCCGCUGGAGAUGAUGCUGGCCAUCCGGGAGUGCCACGGCGCGGGCCUGCCCGCGGGCCUGCUGCCUGGCAGGCAGCCGCAUGCGCAGGAUCUGAUCAGGCAGCUGCUGAGAGAGAAGCCUCGGUCGCGGCUCGGGGGCGGCCAGGGCGAUGCGGCGGAGGUGAUGGAGCACCGCUGGUUCGUCUCGGCCGGCUUCGAUUUCCACGCGCUGCGGGAGCGCAGGCUGGCCAGCCCUUGGACGCCCCCUGCCGGCCCGACGGAGCCGGAGCCGGAGCCGACGGCACCGUGCGGCCGCCGCCGGGUUGGGCCAUGCACGGGGAGCAGUUGCGGGAGUUUGUGUGAGGGCCGCGCGCGCGCUCCUUGCUCUGGCUUCGUUCCCGCGCGCGCGCGUUUCUGUUUCGAGCCGAGCCCCUAG